CUGAAAGUGUAAUAAGUCUGUGCUCUGCAGUCGAUGUUUAUAUUGUAUUGUAAUAUAAAAACUUUUAUUUUCAUGUUGAUGGACCGUGGAGCUGUAAAUCAAUUUGUGAAAACUUGAAAUAUGCUAAUAUGUUUGUAUUAGUUAAAUUGAGAGAUACUGUUCGAAUAGUUCCUGGGCAAUUUCGAUUUAAGCUUGAGGAAUCUUUGCGAGAUGAAAUGAAUAGAAAGUUAGCAAAUAAAGUUCUGUUAAAUGUUGGUCUUUGCGUUACAUUUGAAAGUCUGUUGCAACUUAAUAAUUCUAUAAUAUUGCCAGGAGACGGAUCAUCUCACACUGAAAUAAUUUUUCGCUUCAUAGUUUUCCGUCCAAGUAUUGGUGAUGUGCUGGUAGGAAAAAUUAGAUCUUGCAAUAGAGAAGGCGUUUAUGUUACUUUGGGGUUUUUUGAUGACGUUUUUGUACCAUCAGCUGCGCUACAACAUCCUUCUAGGUAUGAAGAAACAGAACAAGCUUGGGUCUGGGAAUACCCUUUGGAUUCGGGAGAGAAACAUGAUUUGUACAUGGACAUAGGCGAAUCUAUAAAAUUCAGGGUGUCUGGAGAAAUUUUUGCGGAAAAUUCGCCAGUGUACCCGCAAAAAAUUGACCCAAAUCAAAACGUUUCUAAAGAUGGAAAAACUCCGUAUAAAAUAAUGAAGUACCGUGACUUUAGUGAUGCGCUUGCAACUUAAACUUUACAAAGUACGAGUAUCACAUUCCAGAAAGUUUAGUAAAAGCUCUUGCCAAUGUACACUUUUCCAAAAUGCGUUCUAUACGUGGUAUGUUAGUGCAUACGUAAAAUAAAAUCGGGUAUCGAAAAAAUCGAGCACGCUUUUCUUAUACAUUCAUAUAUAUAAAUGUUGCCAGAAAUAACCGAUUAAAUAAAUUAUUUAUUUUCAGCAAUAAA